AUGGAUGGGGUGCGUGGGGUGUACAACAAUGCGAAAAGAACAGCAGUUGUGCUCCAUGUUGUCCCGCAUUCCAUCUUCCACAGACAGGACCUACGAGAGCGUGAUGCGGUUGUCCUUCGGAGAGACCAGGAGCUGGAGGAGGUCAAUGGUCAGCUCAAAGACUUGCAGGGACUUUUUGACGAAGUGAAUGGUCAGCUCCAGCAUGAAUGUGGUCGCAUUGAGCGGCUGCAAGGUGCGGUCUCGCACUGUGCGAAGCAAGCCAAAGAGUUGGAUUCCCUGCAGAACAUGCUGGAGGAAUCCCACCGCAUGCUCGCACAGCUGCGAGAAACGCUUGAGAAGGAAAGAGCUGAGCGCAUGAGGGUGGCUUCACUCUUGGAGCAUGAACAGCAAAGGACGCAGCUCCUGUUGGAUGUGCUUAAACAUUUCAAGGACAACGUGAGAAGAAGCAUGCUUGUGCUUCUAUAUAGUGUGGGCAUCUUGUUGCGAGGAGAAGCUCCAAGGCCUUACCCCUCAGAUGCUGCUUAG